GCCUUGUGCCACAGUGCCGCUGUCCAACGCAGACAACUUCACAGAAGUGGAGAACAUGAUGGUGGCCCUACUAACUUCCAUCAAUACCGUCAGCGUGAGAUUAGAGAAACUGGAGAAUCCUCAGACGCCUAUGCCUUCCCCCGUAAUGGACCUCCCCACCCCCUCUCCUUCAAACGGUAAUCCCAUCUUUUUUGACCCCACUCCCGGCUCUUCCACCCACAUAAUCACCCCUGAGCACCUGUUACCCCUGACCGUUCGUAAAGACAUCCUGGAGG